UUUAACCUAUCCAGCUCUGUCACAUCAGUACAGAUUAAGGAAAGGAGGGAAUGAAAGGAAGUCAGAGUAUUGAAAUGUAUACACAACAUCUAUUUCCAUUUGUACUGCCAAAUGACUCUUCUUUGUUUGUUUGUUUCUUUCUCACACUCUCUCUCUCAGGCCCUCGGAGGCAGAUGUUCAGCAGCGGCCCCAGCAGCCAGGAGUUGGACCCUCUGUUCGGCUUAGCAAGAGUCGCACCGUAGACGCGUUUGGAGAGGGCCCCACUGGCAGGCCGGCCCCUGGCCGCAGUCCCUCGUCCCUCAGCCUCUUAGAGUCCCGAUUCAGGCAGGAGCCUAAGGACCCAGAGAAGAAAACAGGCAUGUUUGGCUCCAGCUUCCUGAGUGGGGCCAACCCGCUUAACGCUGUCUCAUCCAUGACCUCCCAGGUGUCCUCUGGAAUGUCCUCAAUGUCCUCCGAGGUCACCUCCAUGGGCUCCGGGGUCAACAUGCCCUCAUUUGGCCUGUUUGACAAGGAAGAAAAGCCUGGAGAGAAGCCCCUAGGUGGGCCCCCAGGACCAGGCAGCAAGGGCCCCCAGCAGGGGGGGCCAAGACCCCCUGGCCCCGGACAAGGGCCCAGACCCCCUGGGCAGCAAGGGCCCAGACCCACUGGUCAAGGACCCCUUGGGCAGCAAGGGCCCAGAACCCCUGGCCCCGGACAAGGGUCCAGACCCCCUGGGCAGCAAGGGCCCAGACCCGCUGGUCAAGGACCCCCUGGGCAGCAAGGGCCCAGAACCCCUGGCCCCGGACAAGGGCCCAGACCCCCCGGGCAGCAAGGGCCCAGACCACCUGGUCAAGGACCCCCUGGCCAGCAAGGACCCAGACCUCCUGUCUCCGGACAAGGGCCCCCUGGGCAGCAAGGGCCCAGACCACCUGGUCAAGUCCCCCCUGGGCAGCAAGGACCAAGACCCCCUGGUCCCGGUCAAGGGCCCCCUGGGCAGCAAGGACCCCCUGGCCCCGGUGCACAGCCAGGCGGGCCAGCUAAAGCUGGGGGUCCCCCUGGUCCACAAGGCCCUGGUAAACCACCUGGAGGUGGGCUGUGUCCGCUGUGCAAGAGUACCCAGCUCAACGUGGGCUCCAAGGAGCCGCCCAACUUCAGCAACUGUACCAUGUGUAAGAACCAGGUGUGCAGCCUAUGUGGAUUCAGCCCCCCAGACUCGGAGGGUAAAGAGUGGCUGUGUCUCAACUGCCAGAUGCAGAGGGCUAUGGGGGGUAUGGAUGACCCUCCUAUGAUGGGCAAGGGCUCUGCCCCUCCUUCACCCUCAAGGAAAGACCCUGGAAAAGAUGGUAAGAAGCCCAAUCUACUGAUUAAGCAGCAGAGCAUCUCCGACAGAGGCUUAACCCCUCCAACCACGCCCAAACAGAAAUCCCCCGGCCCAUCUUCCCCGAAAGGCAGCCCCCAGCCCUCACCGGCCAAAGGUAAACAGGAGUCCAGCUUCUUCGGGGGCCUGGGGGGCAUCAGCCUAGGGGGGCUCACCGAUGUGGCCAAGCCUCCAGCCGCUGCCUCCCAGGCGGCCGAGUCCAUCACGGGAACAAUGUUCAGUGGCUUUGGUGGGUUCACUGGAUCAGCCAAACCUGAUCGGGCCAAAGCCGCUGCUGGUACCCAAAAAACAGCAGAGUCGGUGACGGGAAAGAUGUUCAGUGGGUUCGGUGGUUUUACUGAGACAGCCAAGCCCCCGGCGGCUGCCUCCCAGAUGUUUGGCUUUGGCUCGUCUAUCUUGAGCUCGGCCACCAACCUCAUGACCACCGACUCCGUGGACUCUGUGGAUGAGAAAGCUGGUUCUCCUGCCGAUUCUCCUGCCGGUUCUCCUGCCGGCUCUCCCCCAGACUCCCCCUUCUCUGCCCCCGGUUCUCCCCUUGGUUCUCCCCCGGACUCUCCCUUCUCCGCUCCCGGGUCCCCCCCUGACUCAGACAGCCCUGACACCCCACCUGCCUCCAAGAAGGCCCCCAAACGUGCCGUCUCCCUGCUGAAGAACCAAAAGUCCAUAGAAGCAGAUCCCUCCGUGGAGCCUCUGAAAGCGGGGGAGCCGCUUACUACGGUCACAGGAUCGGGGGCCCAGGAAAACUGUCCUCUGUGUAAGGUGGAGCUGAACGUUGGAUCAACAGACCCCCCUAACUACAGCACCUGCACUGAGUGCAAGAAGAGUGUGUGCAACCUGUGUGGCUUCAACCCCACACCUCAUCUUGGUGAGGUAAGACCAGUACAGCUUUCACUACUGCUAAAAUAUAAACAGUUCUGCUGAAAGGUACACAAACCA